ACACUGGCAAAGUUGUGUUGAUAAUGUGACUUAUUCUGCAAUUGAGAGUACAUUUUUGCCUAAACGUUCACAUUUGGAAUAUUCUGAGGAUAUUUUGCUAUGGACUGAUGUCUCAAAGGAUGAAAAGAUGGGGAAAAUGCAGAGUAAACACGUCUACCACCGUGCGAGAGAGGCUCCCGAAGGAGAAUGUCUCUUGGUGAAUGCUAACAUGACAGGGUCAAGGUCACCAACACCAACCGGGAAAGAACAUAUUUGGAAGCAACAAAACGCCACUGGAUUUAACUUGGCUAAUUAUCAAAACUACAGAUCGGAAUUAUCUAUAUGUCUUACUGACUCGGACGGCAAGCUGGAGAAACAGGCCUUGAAAGUUGUUUUACCUCCUCAAAAAUAUAACAAUAAAGUGCUGUCAAUAGAGGAGGAGGAUGCGGAUAUUACAAAAACACAGAUAGAGUCGGAAACAGACAAUAAUAAACAGGAAACGGACGGACUCAACGUGGAGGAAUUUGAAUGUGGCGUUUCAGUAGAAGGCUCUGAGAAGCAGGAGUGGUCGUUUACAUUAUACGACUUCGAUGGCCGAGGCAAGAUAACGAAGGAAGAUCUUGCCAGUUUAAUGCGGUCGCUCUAUGAUGCUGUUGGAUCAUCCAUACGCCUGCCGACAGGAACCAAAACGCUACGUCUGCGCUUGACAGUCGCGCCAGACACGACAAAAAUGGAAUCUAUGACGGAAACGUCGAUAAAAUUGAAUAAUCUGUCCCCUGUGGAGGACUCGGCAAAGAAAAAACGUCUCAGUGCAGCAGAACAUAAACAAAUAACAGACAUUAUGGAACGACAUAGGUCGAAUUUAAGGAGACACUGCAGCGAUAACCGUGGAACUUCAGAAGAUCCACCCCGCCAUCGACAUCAUCGGCGGAAAAACCAUGACACAGCGACAGCACCUCCUGUUGUCCAAGAAAGUCAGGAUCGUAGGAAUUACUAUCUCGAUUUGGCCGGGAUUGAAAAUAACAAUACAGAAAUGCAAAGCGCGACUGCUCCGUCAGCUAUUUUAAACUCUCAUGGUGAAAAACCUGAUACGAAUAAAACACGUCACCAUAAGGAGAAACACCGCUCACGCUCAUACGAUACUGGAACCGGGCAGCAGGACCGAAAUAUGCCAACGGAACAUUAUAUGAAAAUCUUGGAGGAGAGUCAAGAGCAUGGACGAUCGAGGUCACAUGACCCGCAAUUAGCAGACCCUGCAAGGUCAAGGACUCAAAAAACGGCUGCGACACCGAAAGUGCCAAAAUUACGGCCAGUUAGUUUGCCGCCGCAUGUUCAUGAGAUGAGCUCGCCUCAUCAUAGUCGGCGCCACCGGCACCGUGAAAAAGAUCGCACCAUGGCGAUGGCGCAGGUUGCGGAGUGGUUAGAACGCGAGGACCUCUGGGGAGCUAAGGAUGCAUUAAGUACGACAUGUGUCAACGAGUCUGUGAUUGUUCAACGUCAUGAACACCACCAUGUUCAUGAACACCACCAUCACCACCACUACCACCACUACCAUGAGACGUGAAGCCAAACGUUCAUGUUACAACACCACCACCACCACUAUCACCACUACCAUGAGACGUGAAGCCGAACGUUCAUGUUACAACACCACCACCACCACUACCACCACUACCAUGAGACGUGAAGCCAAACGUUCAUGUUACAACACCACCACCACCACUACCACCACUACCAUGAGACGUGAAGCCGAACGUUCAUGUUACAACACCACCACCACAACUACCACCGCUACCAUGAGACGUGAAGCCAAACGUUCAUGUUACAACACCACCACCACCACUACCACCACUACCAUGAGACGUGAAGCCGAACGUUCAUGUUACAACACCACCACCACCACUACCACCGCUACCAUGAGACGUGAAGCCAAACGUUCAUGUUACAACACCACCAUCACCACAACCACCACUACCAUGAGACGUGAAGCCGAACGUUCAUGUUACAACACCACCACCACCACUACCACCGCUACCAUGAGACGUGAAGCCAAACGUUGAUCUUACAACACCACCAUCACCACAACCACCACUACCACCACUACCAUGAGACGUGAAGCCAAACGUUGAUCUUACAACACCACUACCACCACCACCACCACCACCACUACCACCACUACCAUGAGACGUGAAGCCAAACGUUGAUCUUACAACUCCACCAUCACCACAACCACCACUACCAUGAGACGUGAAGCCAAACGUUCAUGUUACAACACCACCACCACCACCACCACCACCACCACUACCACCACUACCACCACUACCAUGAGAGGUGAAGCCAAAUGUUCAUGUUACAACACCACCACCACCACCACCACCACCACUACCAUGAGACGUGAAGCCAAAUGUUCAUGUUACAACACCACCACCACCACCACCACUACCAUGAGACGUGAAGCCAAACGUUCAUGUUACAACACCACCACCACCACCACCACCACCACCACUACCAUGAGACGUGAAGCCAAAUGUUCAUGUUACAACACCACUACCACCACCACCACUACCAUGAGACGUGAAGCCAAAUGUUCAUGUUACAACACCACCACCACCACCACCACUACCAUGAGACAUGAAGCCAAACGUUCAUGUUACAACACCACCACCACCACCACCACCACCACCACCACUACCAUGAGACGUGAAGCCAAAUGUUCAUGUUACAACACCACCACCACCACCACCAUCACCACCACCACCACCACUACCAUGAGACGUGAAGCCAAAUGUUCAUGUUACAACACCACCACCACCACCACCAUCACCACCACCACCACCACUACCAUGAGACGUGAAGCCAAAUGUUCAUGUUACAACACCACCACCACCACCACCACCACCACCACCACUACCAUGAGACGUGAAGCCAAACACUCAUGUUACAACACCACCACCACCACUACCACCACUACCAUGAGACGUGAAGCCGAACAUUCAUGUUACAACACCACCACCACCACCACAACCAUCACUACCACCACUAUGUUACAACACCACCACCACUACCACCACUACCAUGAGACGUGAAGCCGAACGUUCAUGUUAUAACUCUAUAAGACCUGAAGGCAAGAUGAAAAUGAUUUGAGAAAAAAGUUUUUGCCACUAAAAAGCUUGCUAUCCACAUUUUGUGCGAGAUGUUAUUUUAGAGUUAUGUGGAAAAAACUUCUUGAAACAUUCUACCAAUUGAAAAUCUAGAAAUAAUGAAUCUCCUGGUAAUUAAUUGUAUUGACAUAGGGUGACAUGGAUGUGGUCAUAUGCUUGUGAUUCAUCACUAUUUCUUCAAAGGAUUAAUUUGACUAAUUGGUAAAGAUAAUUGGAGAAAGUGAUGAAUUGGGUUUAAAAAUAACAGUAAAACAUUAUAUCAUCCAUUCACGUUUUCUGAAGAUUCUUCAGGUCUUACACGGUAAAUGAACUGGUGUGAAAGUGUUAUAUGGACAAAACAAAGGUACGAUGAGUGCUUGCACUAGAUUUUGUCUAUGGCCAAAUGAAACAAAAAUUCAUGAUUAAUUGGUGUUUUUAUUUUGACUGAAAUUGAUGUUUGUAAAACUUAAAGUAAAAGACAUUACAGAUGACGAUAGAAGAAUGAUAGAUUCCAGGAAAGAGGAUGGUGAGUUGUAACAUCUUUCGAGAAUGGUUCCUGUCUGAAGCGGAAGAGCUAGUUGUGUUUAGAACAUUUGACAGUUUGGAUGGAGGAUGAACUGUGGAAUUGUACAGUUAUAUGAAAGAAAGAGACUUUCAGUUAUGGGAUUUAAGAUUGAACACACUCGAUGGCUACUGAGUUGAGACUUUCUACGCAAAACAAUCAUUUUAUGGUGCUCCACUACAACACGGGUAAUAUAGAGUUGAAACACUUUGGCUGAUUUUUGAAAAACAACACAUUGCCUUUCCACUGAGUAAAAUUUGUUUUUACAAAACAAAUUCUUAGACGUAACGUCUUUCCCAGUGUUAAGUCCACCAUUAUGUUGUAAAAGUCAUGUAUACUGUCACCAUUUACAAAGUAAGCAUGAAGCAAUGCCUACAAUGCCUACUUGCUUUCGACUUUGUACCAAAAUUGACCUUGAAGUUGUCUUUUAGAUUCUGCCCUACCAUAAUGUUGUCAACAAAAUCAUCUCUGCAGUAAGUGCUUGGCUCUUUCCUUAAAGGAGGACUAUAGGCAGGUGCAGGGGGGUUAAAAUGGGCCGUCUGCGGGUGACUAAUAUAUACAGUAAGUGCACCGAGUCAUGUUAGAUUCAGUACUAAAUAUAUUCCUCGUACAAGCGUGAAUAGUUUCGAUGUACAGUGAGAUGGGAGAGAUCCCUAUUGGCGACUUGUGUUACUUUAUCUUGCCUACUCAGUUGCUGCCUAAUAGGGUCCCUUUAAGCAUGUGGUGCGAAGCUGGUGAAUUCAAUAUUUUCUUGGGAGCAUUUCACCAAAAAAAUUCAGUUUUCAUGAAUCGGUCAAAGUGAUUUUUGGCGAACAUGCAUGUUACAAUCCAACACAAUCAAGUUCGGAAUAAAUGUAAAGAUCUAGAAUUUGGUACUUUUUCAUGUUAUUUCUGCAGUCAUUUUGUACAUAAGAUGAUACUAUAACAAUCUAAUGUAUAUGUAGCCAAAUAUGGACAUAAUAUAUCUUAUUGUACAGUUAGUGGGAUUUAUGACAUCUAGACCCUGCCUUCCAACUCAUUAAUGUUAAUGAGCUCUAACUGAGGGUUGAGAUAGUUGGAAGGGGUCACUGCAAGAUCCCAGUAACCAAUAUUACAGUCAUUUGGGCAAAAUCGUAUUCAGUUCAAAAAAAGGAUAAUAAUACUUUUGUGUCUGCCGCUGUGAGGUGCGAGUUGCGAGCAGGAGGUUAGGGUCUAGGUCGAGUAGGCAAUUUAGUUCAUGUUAUGUAACGUGGGACUCUUGUUCAUGUUAUGUAACGUGGGACUCAUGUUCAUGUUAUGUAACGUGGGACUCUUGUUCAUGUUAUGUAACGUGGGACUCUUGUUCAUGUUAUGUAACGUGGGACACUUGUUCAUGUUAUGUAACGUGGGACUCUUGUUCAUGUUAUGUAACGUGGGACACUUGUUCAUGUUAUGUAACGAGGGACUUUUCAUGUUAUGUUACAUGGGACUGUGUGGAUGACGCCCUGUUUUGAGGGCAAUGUUUAAUACUGAAUGUUCUUAUACAUGUAUAUUCAGAAUCACUAAGUUUUUGGUAAGAAUCUCAUAGCUGGACUUAAGUAGUAUUUUUCUUAGGGGAUCUCAAGGGGCCAGUACUUCUGUGUGUGCUUUGUUCCCCAUUUAGAAUUGUGGUUUAGAACCCAUUGUGCAGUUGUGACAAAUUGGCACAGUGACAGAUUGGCUGUGUAUCUCCUUCAGCCAAGCACUGGACCGCAGUUUUUCUUCAAAUGAAAGGGUUUUGUUUGAAGUGAGAAGAAAAAUCAAAAACUUUGUAACAAGAAGUCUUUUGAUGUGUGUAAAAUUGUUAAAAAUUCAUUAUUUGUAAUGUGUAAAUGGUGGAGUGGGGAUAAAAAGACCCUUUUCCAAUUUCAUUUGAUGUCAUGAAGUUUUGAGGGUAUCUGAGCUAAGAAGUGUCUGGGACUCUCAAAAUAUAGAGAAAAAAGGUGAAGGGGACACUUUCAACUGGCAAUACCUUUUGAAGUUUAGAGAGCCUUCAUCUUGACAUACAAGGCUCUAAGAUUGAGAAGUCCCUUCAGAGAUGAACUGACAUUUUCAACGUUUUGUAAUUCAGUAUCAUAAGAAUAAUAAACAAUACAAUAAACGAUGUCACUGCAAAAAUUGCGGACUUCAUAAUUUAUGCAAGUCGUCUGAGAGACGUCGUCACUUUUGAUAAUAUUGAUCAUGAGACUUGGUAUAGCGCUAAAUCCAACUGGUUUCAGUCGCGCAAAGCGCUUCACAUUAUUACCCCUAGCUAUAUUGGCCAGUACAUUCAUGAUUCAAGCUCUACUCUCUGGGAGUAUCGCAGGUCCGAGUUGAAGCUAUACAGCACUCAGGACUAACAUUCAUAGUUUGCCAUCUCUGCCAGCUAGGUACCCAUUUACUCCUGGGCGGAAAGCAGCAAGUGGGGUAAAGUGCCUUGCUCAAGGACACAAACACGGAACAGCGGUGACCCUUCCGAGAAUCGAACCCACAUUCUGUGAUUACGAAUUCCGUGAUUUCGCGCAGUGACAUUAUUAAUUGUAUUGUUUAUUAUCAUAAAAUGUAUGAUAUCAAAUUACAAAAAACAUGGAAACUUGGUUAGGUCUGCCUGUUGUUAAGGUUGGGAUUUAUUAGGGUUAGAUGAUGAUUCUUGAACGUUGGGGUGUAAUUUUAUCCUUGGAAAUUAGUAGGUAAUGAAUCCGUGUUCAUUCGAAUUGUGUUAUGAAUAUUGCCUUGUUUAUAAUUUGUAUAUAUGAUAGAUAUAUAGGGUAAAAUGGAAUGCAUUUUUAAACUCCCAUCUUUCAGACCAAAACACUGUAGAAUCUUUUAUUUUGUCAGGUUUUUCUCGUGUUUUGCUUUCUACCGUAGAACCUCUCUAUUAAGGACACCCUCGGGACUGUCAAAUACUGUCCCUAAUAGAGAGGUGUCCUGAUUACAGAGGUCAAUUUGAAUGGAAACACCCAAUUUGGGACAAAAACUAGUGUCCUUAAUAGAGAGGGUGUCCUUAAUAGAGAGGUGUCCGCUAUGAGAGGUUCUACUGUACUCCUUUAUUUGUGGCCUGUGAAUCAGCACCACAGUUGGCAGUAGUUUGAAUGAAAUUUCCAGCUUUUAUAUCCAAGACGCAUGUGCAUACCAUGUUUAAUGAGGUACUCAUUCAUGUGCAUGCAUAUCCAGAAACAAACUCUAGAAAUUUUGUUCCUACCUCGGCCAAUGUGGCCCUGAUCUCAACAGAGUAUCAGUCAUUACAACAGUUAAAAGUUUGGGGUUGUAACAGAAAACACUUUAGAUGAUAUCAUGUUUUGAGGUUUUAUUUUCACGACUUGGACAAUAAUAAAACCCAUGCUAAGAUAGGCAAUUUUGCAGUAUUUCAGUCAUUGGUACAUUUUUGAGGUUGCAUAUUUAUUGGUCAGCUCCAUGAUUGUAUCUCUUGUAGCAAGGGAUUUAGAAUUAAUCUGUUGCUGAUUUAUAAAAACCUUUGCUGAGAGAAAGGUUAUAAGAUUUGACAUAUGGGGGGGGGGGGGGGAAUGAAAUAUUGCCACCAAACAUUCAUCUAAAAGGCCUCGGUCAGAGAAGAUGUAUGAAGUGGAAAGUAUGUGCAGCCUGGUUUUGGUCACAGCAGUCCUUUUUGUUGCAGCCAAGGAUGGCUGGGUUUAAAAAUUGAUGGCGAAUGUUCACUUUGAACCAUUUAAGAAUUGAAAUUAAUACCUCGGUAUAAGGUCCUUGGCUGUCUUAUAAAGACUGCUGGGGUAGACAUCAAAUUACGUCCAAAACAUUUCGGCUGGCGCCUUGGAUUCGGUCUACAUUUUGGUCCAACCUGGUGUCCUAAAGUAGAAAACCAAGGACCCUCAGCAAGGCAUAACAUACAUGUAUAAUUCCUUUGACCAGACAUGUCAAUGUGAUGAGGAUUGCCAAUAACCGAAAAAAGAUUGGACCACCUAGCUUCUGUCCACAGUUCCAGUUCAUACAAACUUGUAUUGUAUAGUGCUGCCAUCUAGGAUCCAGUGGUCGAAUUACUAGUUGAUAUACCCAAUUCGCAUGAACGACAGCAUAAAUGAUCACUGUUUAGCAAAACAACAUGAAAGCAGACAUUGGUCUUUUGAGAAAAAGACAGCCAAAACAGUAGUUUACAGUCAUUUGGCCCUGUCUGCCUGUUUCAGAGAGAGUAAAUCUUUAGACUAUAGUAUUACAACGAAUUUGACAAUCAUGUAUCCGUUACGUCAAUAUCUUGUUAUUCUGGUGUGCAUUUAUGAGUUAACUUAUGUCCUAUUCAGAAGUAACAUCAUCUGUCACGUAAAACAUUCGCACAACACUAGAUUCUGUGCUUCGACUGCGGGACUUUGCAUGAGAUUUUGGUUUGAAAGCCAAACCCUUGAGAUGUGUGUCACACCUUCCUCGAAAAACUUGCACGCAGCAGGGGUGUUAAUUUUUACCAGUGCUGUACACCUGUGAUGGUAUGAAAAAGUAUCAUUGCAGAAUAGAUCAUGAAUAUCCAUUUCUCUGUCGUGACAAAUGUACAUUGUUGAAUAUCUUGAUCAUACUUUUAAAAAUAGUUAAAACACUUUACCUGACACUUGUAAUUUAUUCCAUGUUAUGGCAAAGAUUUAUGCUUUCUGAAAAAUAGUCUUUGAAUUGUGAAUUUGUUUCAUAUUUGGACUUCUUAUUUGUUCGGUACUACAUUCAGUUUAAUUCCAAAAUGGAAAUUUUGAAAAAUUAAUGAAAAUUGAAAAUUGAUGAAUUUAAAUGAAUUAAUGAUCAGGAUUGCAGUGAUUGAUCAUCCACAUGAUAAACUGCAGUUAAUGAACAUGUUGAUUAAUGUAAUUAUUGUAAUUAUUUCUGAUUCCUCAGCUCCGGUUUGUCCCUUUCAUCCAGAGGUUGACUCUUUGUUAAUAAAGUGAUUA